AAAACCGAUCGCUCUUUUCAGUCCGUUAAAUCCGGAGUUCUUAGACGAGAGGAGUCACUGUGUUCAAUGUUGUUAUCCGAUUAUUCCAUUUUCUUUUCAGUACGGUCUCACUGCUCCCCUUGAAGCGUAAUUUAUUGAAUUUCUGUCCUUUUCUUUUGCCAUUAGUUGAGCCGUGUUUGUUCUAGACGACAUGCAAUAUGGACGCUGUUAUCGUUUCAGAUUGACUCAUGAGAAGAUUUUGACUAAUCCGCAGGGCGCCCGCCUCCUCUUUGCCAAUCUGAUUAUCUGCCCCCGCGCAUGCCUUGCGCACGUUUGCGUGAUGCCCGCGUUCUACUCGCCGGUUCCCGACAACGUUGGCGUGGGCCCGGCCCGCGCGUACUCUUCGCCCGCCCGCAGAGAGCCCCGUGACCUUUCACCUUCGUCUUUAGUUUCACGUUCAGCAUGGUGGUACGACGUGUGUCUGCAGAUGUCGAUCUACUUCAACAUGUUUUAUGUGCCUUGCUGGUGGUUUUCGUCCGUCUGCAUGCUGCAAGUCAAGUUUGCGCAUCUUCCGGGAUACUAUCAGGGUCUGGCGAUCAGCGGCAUCGCACUCGUCACUGUCGUGGAAACUGUCCGCCUUUACCUGGGUUACUUUGGCAACCUGCACCAGAACGUUGCAUGGCUGUGCUGCUUCUGCGUGUUGACGCUGUCGUUGGAGCUGCCGGUGCUGUUGUUCUUUGUGACGGACGAGGGGGAGCUCAUCCUCCCGCUGGAGCGUGCCGUCCACUCGCUGCUGCUGACCGCCGCGCUGACCCAGGUCGUGGCCGCCGCGCUUGCGCUGCAUUCCAUGACCAGAAAGCUGACACUGCUCUUCCACCUGCGCCAGCUGGCCAAGGUUGACAGCUUCGGCAACUCCGCCACCCCCGGCAGCGCCGGCGAACCCGGCCUCGGCUUGUCGUACCGCCGGGUUGCUGCUCCUUAAUGUGGAAGUCGAGCCAAAGUGUUUCCUGACAAGAAUAUUUCUAAACGCGGCAUUCUGAUGAAUUGCGCAAUGUGAAUGAAGCAGUGGCAGAAGGCGGCCAUUCCGUCACCUACUGUACCUAAAAAUGACAUGAAGGUGCCGAUUAAUUGUUUUUCUAUUCUUUUUUUUUUUUUUUUUUUUUAAUGUUACGCAUGAACACAUAAAUGGAUGCCGACUGUGGGAAAACCUUUGCAGGAAAUUGUCCGUCGUUUUUGCAUUUUGCAGUUUAAGGCUAUUUGCUGAUGCAUUAAGUCUCUAUUGUCACGAUGGAAAUACG